ACAAUUAGGCAUUUCAAUUAUUCUUCCAACAAUUCCAUUAUCUACACCUGAGCUGCCUAUGUGUAUAUAUUGCACUGCAUGAUGAUCUCUAUGCAACAAGCAAUCUUCAUCUCCAUCCCACAUCCCAAGUAAGCAGCAAUUGAGCAGAGCAGCUAGUUAUACCUUAGUCAUCAUGAGCAGCACCAAUGAAGCCACCGUCAUCCACGUUGACGACACCACCGGCAAGGCCCCGGUUACAGCUCAGCCGCCACCACCAGCAGCCCCAACCGCGCCGGUGCAGCAGCAGCAGCGCAAGUCCGGUGGCGUGCCAUUCCUCCUACGCGGCGGUGCUGACGGCUUCCGUCGCUGCAUGGCCUUCGUGGACCUGCUGCUAAGGAUUGUCGCCUUCGGGCCGACGCUGGCGGCCGCCAUCGCCACGGCCACCUCCAACGAGACGCUCUCCGUCUUCACCGAGCACUUCGAGUUCCGGGCCAGGUUCGACGACUUCCCGACCUUCACCUUCUUCGUGGCCGCCAACGCGAUCGCGGCGGGGUACCUGGUGCUGUCGCUCCCCUUCGUCGUGGGGAUCAUCCGGCCGAAGGCCACAGUCGCCAGGCUGCUGCUGCUCAUCGGCGACACGGUGAUGGUGGUGCUCGUGACGGCGGCGGCGUCCGCGGCGGCGGCGAUCGUGUACGUGGCGCACGAGGGGAACAUGCGCGCCAACUGGGUGCCCAUCUGCAUGAACUUCCACGGCUUCUGCGAGCGCACCAGCGGCUCCGUCGUCGCCUCCUUCCUCGCCGUCCUCGUCUUCAUCCUCCUCGUCCUCCUCUCCGCGUGCGCCAUCCGUCGCCGACCAUGCUAGGCUACAACUCAUCGGUCGGCCGGGCUCAAUGCUUUCGAAUAUCAUGAUUGUGCUCUCUACUUUACUUUGGUUUGGUCGUGCAUGAAACUGUGCCAUCUCAUAUAUUCCUGUUCUCUGUGGUGUACGGUGUUCGAUCACCAAUCAA